ACUCAUAAAAGAAUAUUCUUAAACUCUACCACCCAGAUCCCUUUCUUCUCCUUAAAUAUAUAUGUAUGUAUAUAAUAGCCUUCUCCACCUCCACCUCCACCACAACCACCACAUUAUUCUCACAAAAAAAAUAUAAUCAAUCGCCAAUUUCUUCUUCUUUCUUUGAGACUUUUUUUUUCCUUCUUUUAAAGAAAAAUAAUAAUGGCUCUGAAAGCCGUCCACGUCUCCGACGUCCCUAACCUCGACCAUGUCCCGGAAAACCCUUCUCUUUCGCUCUACUCCACCAGCCUUCCCAAAGGGGUGGAAUUGGGAAAGAAAAGAAAUCCGAGGUUAAUGGUGAUAGGGCACAGAGGAAACGGAAUGAACGUGUUGCAGUCGUCGGACAAAAGAAUGAGAGCAAUCAAGGAGAACUCCAUCGCCUCCUUCAACGCCGCCGCAGCGUUUCCCGUUGACUUUAUCGAGUUCGACGUUCAGGUGACCAAGGACGACUGCCCAGUCAUAUUCCAUGACGACUUCAUCCUCUCCAGAGAUAAUUACGGGACUGUGUUUGAGGAGAGAAUUACAGAUCUGCGUGUGUCGGAGUUCUUAUGCUAUGGUCCUCAAAAAGAGGCAGGGAAACAUGGAAACGCCUUGCUUAGGAAGACCAAAGAUGGCAAAAUUGUUGAGUGGAAUGUUGAAACUGAUGACUUUCUCUGUACACUCGAAGAAGCCUUCCUCAGUGUUGAACCUUCUCUGGGUUUCAACGUUGAGUUGAAAUUUGAUGACCACAUUGUCUAUGACCAAGACUAUUUCAUCCACGUCCUUCAAGUCGUCUUACAGGUGUUUGGUUAUGCCAAGGACAGACCAAUCAUCUUCUCAUCCUUCCAUCCUGAUGCAGCCUUGCUUAUUAGAAUAGAAAAGGACAAAUAUCCUGUAUUCUUUUUGACAAAUGGUGGAACAGAGAUUUUCUAUGAUGUAAGGAGGAAUUCCUUGGAGGAAGCCAUAAAGGUGUGUUUGGAAGGUGGUCUCCAAGGAAUAGUCUCAGAGGUUAAAGGAGUUUUCAGAAAUCCAGGAGCAGUACCCAAAAUCAAAGACUCCAAACUUUCCCUCCUUACCUACGGCAAAUUGAAUAAUGUAGCUGAAGCGGUUUACAUGCAACACCUGAUGGGAAUAGAUGGAGUGAUAGUUGAUCUUGUCAAAGAAAUUACAGAAUCAAUUUCUGAUUUGAUGAAGCCUUCAAAUGAUGAGGAGGAGAAUAGUGUUGAUUCUGCCAAAUCAAAGCCCAAGUUUACAGAGCAGGAGCUUUCCUUCCUGUUGAAGCUCAUUCCUGAAUUGAUACAGAUUUGAUAUUAAUCAUUACACUAUUAUUUAUGUACAAAGUACACUAGUACACUGCUGAGCCUGAUUUUUUUUACCCUUUUUUCGUCUUUAUUUUUCUGUGUUUUU